UAGACGAAAUGAAGCCGUCUACAACAUAUAAAGGCCAUCUAGCUCGCCAGUAUUGCUGAUUCUCCAGCUCUUAGGGUUCUUCAAUCUUCACUUCAACCAUCCAGCAAUUCUUACGAAAGCCAUCAUGGUCUCCUUCAAGUCUCUUCUCCUCGCCGCCUCGGCACUCACCGGAGCUCUCGCUCGUCCCUUUGACUUCCUCGAUGAGCAAGACGACGGCAACUCCACCUCAGUCCUCGAGGCCCGUCAGGUCACCGGUAACUCUGAGGGUUACCACAACGGAUACUUCUACUCUUGGUGGUCUGACGGCGGUGGUUAUGCCAACUACCGCAUGGGUGAGGGUAGUCACUACCAGGUUGAUUGGCGCAACACUGGUAACUUUGUUGGUGGAAAGGGUUGGAACCCUGGUACUGGACGAACCAUCAACUAUGGAGGUUCUUUCAGCCCUCAGGGUAACGGCUACCUUUGCGUUUACGGCUGGACUCGCGGCCCUCUCGUUGAGUACUACGUCAUCGAGAGUUACGGCACUUACAACCCUGGUUCUGCUGGUCAGCACAAGGGUACCGUCUACUCCGACGGUGACACCUACGAUCUCUACCAAACCACCCGCGUGCAGCAGCCAUCCAUCGACGGUGUCCAGACCUUCAACCAGUACUGGUCCAUCCGCCGCAACAAGCGUACUAGUGGCGCCGUCAACAUGCAGAACCACUUCAAUGCUUGGGCUCAGGCUGGUAUGAGACUUGGAAACCAUUAUUACCAGAUUCUGGCUACCGAGGGAUACCAGAGCAGUGGAUCUUCUUCCAUCUAUGUCCAGACUAAGUAAGACUUUCGCCGUACUGCCCGUGAGAGGUUGUUGGCUUGGAAGCUCUGGGGCAAAAGUCUUUCAAGGGUAUUGAAGACAUCAGCUUAAGAAUGGUGGAUGUGAAAAUUAUCAGGAUGUCUUCGACUUGGUGUCAAUUCAUGGGGGAUAU